AUGGCUUUAGUUUCAGACACCAAGCCUGACGGCGAAUACGUGGAAGAUGCUCAUUCGUACGAAGACAAAGCUGAAAGGUCUACCUUUGCUCAGGACCCAACAGAAUCUCACCUUGAGCGCAAGACCAAGCUCAAGAUGGACUUGUUCGUAUUGCCACUUACAUUGAUUGUAUACUUUCUCGCUAGCAUGGGUCGCAGCGAUCUUGGUAAUGCCCAAGUCGCAGGCAUGAACAAAGACCUGGGGAUCACGGCCGCGCAGUACUCCAAUAUCGGUAGCCUAUUUUACGUAGGCUACUUGGUAUUCCAGCUGCCUUCCACACUAGCAUUGCGAUAUUUGACUCCGCCAGUCUUGGUAUUCUUGGCGAUGCUCCUAUGGGGAGUCGCCACAACGUGCAUGACAGCUGCGACUGACUACAGUUCGGUAGCAGGCCUUCGAUUUUUAAUUGGAGUGGCAGAAGCGGGUAUCCAGGGCAUGAUAUUCUUUCUUGCAAUCAUCUACACACCUAGGGAAUUGACGAAGCGCCUAUGUUUUUGCUACUCAGGCUCCGCUCUCGCAGGGGCGUGUAACGGGCUAAUGGCCUACGGUAUCGUGAAUAAUAUCGCGGGCCGCGAUGGUUGGACUUGGCAAUGGAUUUUUUUGAUUGAGGGUGUCAUCCCGAUCGGCUUCUCCUUCAUUAUCCUCGUGCUAUACCCUUCGACACCUGAGAAGACGCGAAGCAUCUUCUUCAGUGCAGACGAAAAAGCGUUCCUCAUUGGACGAAGCAGACUGGCAGCGAACACCGGAGAGUACAAGUUUCGCCCCAAGCUCUUCCUGAGCCUAUUCGCGGACCCAGUCUUUUGGCUUCUCACGGUUAUGUGCAUUGGUGGCACAUUCACCAUAGCUACACUACAGAAUUUCCUUCCGGCCAUCAUCAGAGGGUUCGGCUGGUCUGCGACGACUGCUCAGGCCAUGAGCGUUGUUCCGUACGCCAUCGCGUUCGUGACGACUAACUUUUGGGCACAGCUCGCGGAUCGAUUCAAUCAACGCGGCUUCAUUAUCGUUGCCAAUAUGCUGCUGGCCAUCGUUGGCUUCAUCGUUUUGCUGACGGUGUAUGACCGUGUUCCGUCACUAAUUGGCUGCUGCGUUCUGGUCGCUGGCGCGUAUCCUGCGACAGCAAUUGGCAUUGCAUACAUCCCUACGCUUCUCCCUGGCCGUAAGUUCUUCUACUUCCCGCGCGUCACCAACCUCUAA